AUGCAAUAUCAGCUGCUAUCCACUUUGAAGCGGCGGCCGCUACAGGAGCAUCAGCGUCUCGCUGAUCGUCAAAAACCGGCGGACGACCAACUGGCUGGAGGACAGUCCAUGCUCCGGGGAAGCUCAUCCGGCGGCGCGAGGGAAUUACAGGAUAGCCGGCGCUACAUGCUGUAUCGAUGCACCAUCGACUCCAGUCCUGCUCUCUGCUUGUCACCUCAGUGA